GCUGGCAUCUGCCCUGGAGAGGGUCCAGCUCAAAUACAAAGCUGCGUCAAUACCAGUGGCUGCUCCUGGCAGCUGGGUGAGUGGAGUAACUGCAGCACAAGUUGUGGAAGUGGUGUUCGCAGCAGGACGCUGCACUGCCCGGCAGGAUCUGCACAGGACUGUGGUGUGGCGCCUGCCAGUUACGAGACCUGCAGCGACACGACCGGCUGCACUUGGCAGGUUGGCGCUUGGUCAUCCUGCGACGGGAGCGGCUGUGGUCAGCGCGUGCGGGCGGUCUUCUGCGACAGUGGGCAAGACGAGGACUGCUUGGCGUCUCGGCCUGUCAACAUAUCGACCUGCGACCUCGAGGUCUGCCUGGCACCGGCUGCAGAGUCUGCCAGUUUUGAUGUCGUGCUCGAAGUCAGCAACGAGACCAGCGCCAGUCAGCUGGAAGACUCGCUGCAAAAUGCGGUUGCUGAGUCCUUGGACGUGCCGGUUGAGGCAGUCUCGGUGCAGCUCGUUGAGAAUGGCAGAAGGUUGGCUGCCUCACAGAUGCUGCAGUUCAUUGUGGAGGUCCGGUCAGUCUCACGGGGCCUGGCGGAGUUCCUCUCCUCUGAGACCAGCCUGCAAGCGGUGGCUGUAGACGUGGCGCAGGAGCUGACGCAGACCGGCAUUCCUGCCGACGUCCAGAUGGUGGCGCGAGCGCCGACCACUACUACGACGGCACCUCCAACUACAUCGUUGUUGCUGGAGAGUACCGCAGAGGCUACGAGCACUGCAGCUGCGGGUACGGCGAGUACCAUCACAUCCCAGGCUACGAGCACAGCAGCUGGCGGUGCUGCGGUAAGUGUUACCACAUCCCAGGCGCAAGAUACCAACCAGAACUUCUCUGCAUUGCCGGGCUUGAUCAAG